ACUGUUUGAAGCACAUGAUUUACUGUUGUGACAGAGGGAAAAUGUUUUGCAUGAUAAUGCAAAGGUGUUCAUCCUGUUUAGCCAGCUUCUUCACGUCACACUGACCCAACGAACUCGUAUAAAUGUUUACGCUGAAACUUGUUGGAUCAACACACGGUACUCUCACGCUUUGCAGGCUUUAUAAGGUUAGAGCAUAUACAGUCCAUGAAACAGAGUAAAAGGAGACGUUACAAUAUAUGGGUCCUCUAGAAGCGCCUUGCAGCGUUGUCUCGGUGACACCGGCUACUGAUAUCAACGUUCCCUCUUCUUCGCAUUAAAUGACGAUUCCGAUAACCAAGGAAGAAUUGCAGAGAUACAGAGACUGUGUUAAAAGGCGGCAGUGAAACUAAUAAAGAGUUAACCAUGUCAUCAGGAAUAUACUUCAGGUUUUGGACAAUGGUUAUGCUUGGUGUGUCAUUAGUUGACACUGCAUAUGGUAAAGACCUUAUGCCUCUUAAACGUCCCCCCUCUCCAACGUUCAAGAGAAAUAUGAUCAUGCCAGAUGAAUGGAAGGCAAUGUGCAAGACAUCAAGCGACAAAACCAACAUAUCAUUUAUCUCUAUAUAUUGUCAUGUGAACGUUGAGGAUGUGUGGGACUUCAAUCACUUCCGGAACUGGUCAGUUGUGUUGGAUAAGGACACCCUAGUGUCGCUGGACAUAGUCUGUGAGGAUGGAACAAGAAUCUGUCUUCCCUGGCCGUACAGAGCGGGGUAUCUGCACACGUUGAGGGUUACCAGGUGCACCAAUACUUGCUACUACUCGGACUUCAAUCGACCGGAAGUGUUGGAUAUCCAAGACUCACUGAAGAUAUUUGAAGGUUAUGAUGUGACAGAGGAGAGGAAACUACUGGAUAUGUUGUCCAUUGACAUAAAGAGUUUACCGCCUCCUAUGGUGUGUGGCCCAAUGCAUCUGGAAGUCUUCAUCUACAGACACAAGCAGCUUAAAAUCCUAUUUGACGAAGACAGCGAAGAUUACCCACAACUUGAGGACCUCAACAUUACUGACACGAUCACGAAGAACACGCGCAAUAUGGAUGAUCUUGGUUAUGUAUGCAAAUAUGAAAAUAUGAGAGUCUUUGAUAAAAGUCAACGGAUUCGGGCUUCGUCUCUCCUUAUCUAUUCAAGUGUAGUCAACUCACGAUUCCCCCAACUUCGAAUACUAAAUUUCUCAGAUACUGAGUUGCAGGUAUUUCCCCCAAUUCUGGCAGUCUGGCGGCGCCACUUCGACAAGCUGCAAAUUUUGGACCUUUCUCAUAAUAACAUCUCCCGUUUUGAAUUAAGAGACACGAGCCUUCUCUCUCAAGAUGUUGGAAUGAUAGAUCUCAGGUUUAAUGAUAUACGUACAAUUGGAGAAAAGGAAAUUGAAUCUUUUUCAAAAGUUGACGGAGUUGUGAUUAAUGUGAGAGACAAUCCCUUUCAGUGUGACUGUGCUAUGGGGAACUUCAGCAUGUAUCUUCAAAAGUAUAGCAGUACAACUGAAGCUGGUAUAAACAGGGAUUAUGCAUAUCUCUGGGACUUAGAAUGUGUCACUCCAGAGAAGUUUCGAGGUAAAAGGAUCUGCGAGUUCACACGGAAGAUAUUAUGUUCCACCGAUAUGACAGCCUACAUAUCUCAAAUAUCAGCCAUAUGUGUAACUGUGGUCAUUUUCUUAAUUUUCGUGAUACUUUGUGUUCGAUAUAGAAAGGAAAUAAGAAUUUUGACUUUUACACGCUGCAACGUUAUUCUACCAUGUCAGUCAUUUGAACACUCAAGCAAUAAGACAUACGAUGCUUUUGUGGCCUACAGUCACCAUGACACCACAUGGGUUGUGAAAACCCUUCUCCCUCGACUAGAGAGUGGUUUCCCUGACGGAAAUAACUUCCGGUUAUGUCUUCAUCAGCGAGACUUUGCAGUUGGCGCCGCUAUAGCUGACAACAUUUGUCAGAGCGUUGAGGCAAGCAGACACACUAUCCUGGUGUUGUCUAGGAAGUUUCUGGAGAGCGAGUGGUGUUUGAUGGAGUUCCGCACCGCCUUCCACCAGAGUCUCAUUGAGAAGAAGAAACAUCUGAUUCUGGUCCUCCUUGAGGACAUCCCUGUGAGUGAACUUGACGCGGACUUUCGGCGUUGCAUGCAGACAUGGACGUACAUUCACAUCUCUGACAAACUUUUUUGGGACAGAAUCGUGUAUUCAUUAACCGACAAAAGUAAACCUAAAAAGAAGACCUCCAUCGCAAAAGACGUACCCCCGCCUGGAAACAAUGCUGAGAACAUCGACGUUAAGAUCUGUAGAAAGCCCCCAGAACAGUAUGACCUUUGUUAAGAUACUAAAUCACAAUCAUCUAAUCAUAUCAUUGAUGUUUCAUUCAAAUGUAAAUAUAGAAAGAUGAACUGGACUCAAAUCUCUUGAACAUGAACACACUUGGGCACCGCGAACACCUGAUGUCAUCACUGAUUUUUUGUGAUCCAUUGACAAUUGUUAAUGCUAUGUUGCCUCUAUCGCCCAAAGGAAUAUAUUCCGGCAGAUAAUCGAGACUGUUUAUUCUCUGGCGUUAUCGUUUUAUAUUUGGUUUUGUUGUUUUAGUCCAAGGACAAAGUGUCAGCGGAUUUGAAACAAUGUAAAAAUAAUAUAUUCGUUGAUCACAAUACGUAGUUGUACAAUAUAAAUGACUGUUAUCAUCACGAUUAUAUUGGCCUUUGUGUGUCUUUAACGUUAUCCCUUAUUGUCCAAGGACAAAGGGUCAGCGGAUUUGUAACAAUGUAAAAAUAAUAUAUUCGUUGAUCACUAUACAUAGUUGUACAAUAUAAAUGACUGUUAUCAUCACGAUUAUAUUGGCCUUUGUGUGUCUUUCACUUUAUUCCCUUAUUGUCCAAGGACAAAGGGUCAGCGGAUUUGUAACAAUGUAAAAAUAAUAUAUUCGUUGAUCACAAUACAUAGUUGUACAAUAUAAAUGACUGUUAUCAUCAUGAUUAUAUUGGCCUUUGUGUGUCUUUAACGUUAUCCCUUAUUUAACUUUUUUUUCAUGCGGAACAUCAAGCCAUUUGUUUUUAUGUAUUUUCAAAACUUGCUUAUUACAAAAGAAAGCAGUAUUGGGAUUCAGUCCACGAUGGUGAUGUAACCGUGCUUAUCCCGUAUUCAUGGCAGCACUUGGCAAAUUUAACUUUGGUUAAUUCAAAUGUACAUGGAUCAAUCGAAGCUUAAAUAUUACCAGCGCUACGAAAUAAAAUGCCCUUGUUAUAUGUACAUCCUAUAUACCAAUAUUCUUUGUAUUAGCUUGUCAGAAUAAACAUUA